AUGAUUAUUGACCAUCGAUGUUUAAAUAGUUUUUAUUUUAUUUUCAUAUUUUUGUUUAUAUUUCCAUCAUUGUUUUUAUCCGUAACAUCGAAUGAAUCAAUUUUUCAUAAUCAUAAUAAUGCUGUUAUUAUUCGGCCAUUACGAAUUAUUCAUAAUCGAAAAAUGGAAAAUCAUAAUAAUCGAUAUAUGAAAAGAAAACGAUAUUCAGAUUUGGAUGAAUUCCACAAUAAUCUAGUUGAAUCGGAUAAUUAUCAUCAUAGUAGUUAUGAUAAAAAAUCAUCUACAGCAAAUCAAUCAGCACCACCUUUAGAUAUUCCGAAUUUAAUCAAUCGAUUUCAAUUAUCAUCAAUGAAAUGGUUACUAUCGAUGCCUAAUAAUGGCCAACAGCAAGUUGAUCCAAAUGUUUUACGUAAACGUAUCAUGUCGACAAGAUGGUCACGUAUUAAAAAUGGUCAACCAUUCGUAUUGUUGGAUAAUCAAAUGGUUCCAGCUGAUUCGGUUACAAAUGCUUUGAUCAAUAGUAAUCUGAGUAAUGAUGAUAAUCAACCAUCUAAACAGAUGAUUGAUUCAAAAUUGAUCGAUAUUAUUAAUAAAAAUGGACAAAAUAAAAAGAAUUUGUCACGAAAACUUCAUAAACAUCGAAAUGAUGAUAUUUAUCAUGCUCAUCAAUAUAGCGAUUUCAAUAAUAUCGAAAAUAAUCGUAUCGACCAUGAUCAAUUUCCAUCGACAAAUUCAGUAAGGAAUUUUGCACCCGAUUUUAAACGAUUUCCCAAUAAUUCAAGAAGAUUCCGAUUGUCAACAUUGGGUCAAAUGGGCUACAAUCAAUAAUAGAAUAAAUAAACAAAUCAAUUGGAAUUUUUUUUUCUGAUUUAUUUACUGGCUCAAUGAUGAUGAUGAU